GCCAACAGCACCUCCGCCAACGGUACCGCAGCCUCGAAGAAGGACUCGGCUCCCUUGCCCAAGACACCGCUCCAGAAACUCCUCUCGGACGCCGGACCGCUCAAAAGUGAUGGCAGUGACAAGUUCUUUGGCAUGGAGAAUUCAGGGACCUUCUCUUCUCUUUGGGAUAUAAUAAUGUCUUUCCUAACAGGCCUUACCUCUCACAGCUACUGCAAUUCUAUCCUCCAAUGUCUAUAUUACUCCGCCCCCUUCAGAGAGUCCGUCAUAAACUACCCCCAGCGCUCUCCGCCAGAGUCGCUCAAACACGCACUCUCCACCAACUUCAAGUACCCGGACCCAGACAUCUCGCUCGAAGAAGCACUGCUCCAGACCAAGCUCAAGCAGCAGCAGCUCGCCACCAGCAAUGGAGUCAGACCAACACUUAACCCGCAGAACCAGAUCCCAAAGGCAGAGGACAAGGACUCACCAGAGUACAAGAAGAAGGUCGCCAUGCAUACCCUGCCCGUCCUCGAGACAACCGACAAUUCUCAAAACUACGGCAUGCAGGAGUCCCUCUUUACCUCGCUAAAGGACAUAUUCGAGUCCAUAGCGGCCAGCGAGGAACGCGUCGGUGUUGUCAGACCACAGCACUUCCUCGACGUCCUACGGCGGGAAAACGAGAUGUUCAGAACGGCCAUGCACCAGGACGCCCACGAGUUUCUGAACCUGCUGCUCAACGAAGUCGUCAACAAUGUCGAGGCCGAGGCAAACAGGACGUCCAUGCUCGAAGCAGAUGCCGACUCAGAGUCAAGCACCGCAACCUCAACCUCCGUCGCAACUACACUGGCUACCUCUGUCGGCGGCAGCGCAAAGUCCCCCUACAGCACUCGCUGGGUCCACGAGCUGUUCGAGGGGAAACUCACCUCCGAAACAGAGUGUCUUACCUGUGAAAAGAAAUCCCAGCGUGACGAGGCAUUCCUUGAUCUCUCCGUCGACCUGGAACAGCACUCCUCCGUAACCUCAUGUCUGCGGAAAUUCUCGCAGGAAGAGAUGCUCUGCGAACGCAACAAGUUUCACUGUGAUAACUGCGGUGGCCUGCAGGAAGCUGAAAAGAGAAUGAAGAUAAAGCGGCUACCCAGGAUAUUGGCUCUGCACCUGAAACGCUUCAAGUACACCGAAGACCAGCAAAGGUUACAGAAGCUGUUCCAUCGUGUCGUCUACCCUUACUACCUACGACUCUUCAAUACCACCGACGAUGCCGAGGACCCGGACCGCCUGUACGAGCUCUAUGCCGUUGUCGUGCACAUCGGCGGCGGGCCCUACCAUGGCCACUAUGUAGCUAUCAUAAAAACCGAAGACAGAGGCUGGCUGCUGUUCGAUGACGAGAUGGUCGAACCCGUCGACAAAAGCUAUGUGCGCAAUUUCUUCGGUGAUAAGCCGGGCCAGGCUUGUGCAUAUGUCUUGUUCUACCAGGAGACUACCUUCGAGGCCAUGCAGCGCGAGCUGCAGAGUGACGAGCGCAUGUCUGCCGCUUCAAAGUCCCAGGAUGCGGAUCUGGCACCCUUGGCGGCUCUGGACUUGAAAACUACCGGAAAUCAGCCAAUCCCAACACCGCCCCAGGAUAUCAGUCGGGUUCGCAGUGCCAUACCCCAGCUCCCUACAACGACAGACAACUCAACCGCAGGCUCAUACAACCCCAUCAAACUGAUACCCAGCGCACCGCAGUUGUCGAAUAUAGGUGAUGCCCCGCCAACCGCCCUCCCUACCACGGCAGCCAAUUCACAACCAGCCACUGCACCUACGCCAUCGUACAACAAACUGCCCAUCUCUCUACCUCGUAUCCCUCUGAUGUCUCGAACUCCUGACCGAGCCGCUGAAAUCCAGUCCAAAAAGGAACGAGCUCGUGAAGAAAAGGACCGCAAGGCCCAGGAGAAAGAAACCCAGAAGCAGAAGCGCAAGGAACAGGAGAAAGCAGAGGCCCGUCUGAGAGAACUGGCGAAGAAGGAAGAACAGCAGAUCAAAUCCGCCCUCGACGCAAGUAAACUUACGGCUAAAGAGGAGAAAAAGAGACUGUCCUCUGAGAAGAAAAGGUUGUCCUCUGAGGGUGCAUCUGACAGUGCCAAUGGUAACGGUAGCACCAAUGCUAAUGGGAAUGGAAAUACCAAUGGAAUCGCCAAUGGCUUCACGAACGGCAUCAACGGAAUCGCAGGCGGACUGGGCAGACUCAAACUUGGCAGCCGAACACUCAGCUACAGCAGAAAACACAAAGACAACAAGGACAACAAGGACAAAGUGCCAGCCCUACCUACUGCUUCUGCUUCUGCCAUGAACGGCAACCCUACUGCUUCAGACAUCACUAUCACGCCCAAAAACUUCCAACCACGGGAACUCGAUACCUCAUCCAGCGCAAUCAACGAUGCAGCUAACCAGCCUCCCGCUUCAGGCUCUGCUUCCGGGUCUGGAACGGGUGAGCAGCCCCAUCUAGCAUCCAGAGUCCUCGCGCAGGCUGAGCAGGAGGAUUUUUCCUCUCAGCAGCAACAGUCGCAGAUCACUUCGCUGCCCCAACCACCCCCUACUCCAUCUCCGCCGAAACAACCCACCCCCCGACGAAGCAGGUUCAGCCUCCGCAAAAAGUCAUUCAGUGUGCUGUAA